AUGAAUCCAUUACUGGGGGAGAACGCGUUCCUGGUUCAGCAACAGCAGCAUAACCAGAUGGGGAGCCAUUCUGAUUCUUCCAUGACAGGCCUAGACUCAUACGGUGCAGCUGACUCAGGCUUCAUCUUGGGCGAGCACACCGGGUUUGGACAAGAUGGCAUAUCUGGCCUGGACUUAAAUGCGCUGCCACCUUCAGGACUCGCUUAUUUGCACCAGAACAACAUGCACCGUGCGCCGCCGCCCCCCGCAGCGAUGGCCCUGCGUAACGACUUGGGCUCCAACAUCAGUGUUCUCAAGACCUUGAAUUUGCGCUUCCGUUGCUUUUUGGCUAAAGUUCAUGAACUGGAGCGUCGGAAUAAAGCUUUGGAGAAGCAGCUUCAACAGGCUUUGGAAAAUAAUGAGGACAAUUCAGAAGGACACGGGAAAAAGCCAUUGACUAAGGAAAUGGGAGUCCAGACUGGUUUCGUAGGGCCCAUCGCAGUUAGGCCCGGACAUAUCCCACUCCAGAACGUUAAUAACUCUGCAUACCUGCCUGGGGGUCUUCUUUCUCCAUCACUCAACAGGCCUACAACUCCCUCCUUUGAUCCUUUAUUAACCCCUACUGAUACUUCCAACACUGUAUCCAACAUUAACGAGAAAUAUGUCAGUUCUGGGACUGGUAUGUCUACUAACCCGCCUCCCCGGUUCCUUCCUGGCACCGUUUGGUCCUACAACCACGACCGCAGGUUUGGCGCGGGGAGGGAGUCGCGCGUUACAGACAUGGGUGUGCCUUGUGCCCAAACGGACGGAGUAGGUGUUCAAAUCGACACCAUCACCCCUGAAAUACGGGCCCUGUACAACGUGUUGGGCAAGGUGAAACGAGAGAGGGAUGAGUAUAAACGCAGAUGGGAGGAAGAGUACACAGUCAGAGUGGACCUCCAGGAGAAAGUGGCUGAGCUGGAAGAGGACCUCCAGGAGAGUGAGGUGUGUCAGGAUGAGCUGGCCCUCAGGGUGAAACAGCUGAAAGCUGAACUGGUCCUCUUCAAAGGCCUUAUGAGCAACAACCUGUCAGAUCUGGACAGUAAAAUCCAGGAGAAGGCCAUGAAGGUGGACAUGGACAUCUGUAGACGCAUCGACAUCACGGCUCGCCUGUGUGAUGUGGCCCAGCAGAGGAACUGUGAAGACAUGGUCCAAAUCUUUCAGAUGGCCACACCUCCUUCCACUCUGACCCGCCGGCCCCGGAAACAGGCGGCCCAAUCGGUUAAAGGCGGCGACGGGGACGAACCAACCAGCAUCUCUGAGAGCGAGGCGGACAAGGAUGAGGAGUCGUGUAGCACAUCAGCCAAUCAGAUCAACGAGGAAAUGCAGAGGAUGCUGAACCAGUUGAGGGAGUGUGAGUUCGAGGACGACUGUGACAGCCUGGCCUGGGAGGAGACUGAGGAGACUCUGCUGCUGUGGGAGGAUUUCCCAGGAUACACUCUGGGGGCAGUGGAGACACAGGGGGAGCAGCAGGAGGAGUCCAUAGAGAAGGUAAUAGAGGACACAGAGUCCCUCUUCCAGACCAGAGAGAAGGAGUAUCAGGAGACCAUCGACCAGAUCGAGUUGGAGCUGGCCACGGCUAAGAGUGACAUGAACAGACACCUGCACGAGUACAUGGAGAUGUGUUCCAUGAAGCGAGGCCUGGACGUGCAGAUGGAGACGUGCAGGAGACUCAUCACCCAGAGUGGAGACAGGUAUCAGACACCUCCGCAUGGAAAUCUCCCCCUCUCGUUACUGCGGCAAUGGAAGACUGAUGACGGAGAGAAGGAGAGGAGUAAGGUGUCCCCAUCCGCAGACUCUGAAAGUGAUGAAGCCUACUGUGACACCAAGGUUAAUAGUGGUACGGUCUCUCACUUACCAUGGAGGAAGUCCUAA